AUAGGGGUUACCGUGUAAGCUCCAAAACAUAUGUAAACACAAAAGUACAUUCACAUGAGCCAGCUUCACGAAUGACAGCAGCAUAACAUGAAUGUAUGUUUCCUUUCGAGCUUUUCCCUAACCACUAACUUCUGAUCAGAUUUUUCAUCGGCGCGUGAGCAAACAGCUUGAACGACAUGAAAGCGUACAUGAUGAAAAGAGAGAUGCGACUGAAUGAAUGAGUGAGCUCGCAGUACCGACUGUUCCGAUCGAACCUCUUUAUCUCGUAUAUACUUAUAAAUUCCUACCAAGAGAGUGAUAAAUUGGAAGCUUUCAGUGGAAUAUUGCGUACGUUGUGAUAUAUAGUCGCUCGAUCUGUUUCAACUACUGAAGAGUCGGACAGGCUAGCUCUUUAUAAGCCGGUACUUCCUUGUUUCCUUUUUAGGUAAAAUCUGCGAAUCUUUAGUGUUUUGAGAGAGUGGAAGUAGUUAGGUAUUGAAAUACAGAUAUAAUGGCUGGAACUGAAGCAGAAAGGUGGGGAUCCAGACUGACUGGAAUGGUUGUGAUUAUUGCUUUUCUGGUUAUGGCUUCGUUUUAUGCUUUGGCAAAAGAAAAUUUGGAUCAGAAAGUACUGACCGAAGGAGAUGAAACUCAUUACGUAAUGAGAUUAUCAAAGUCUCAAGGGCAGCCUGGCCGUCGAGUGGGCCACUAUCAUGUUUGGCCAGAUAUGAAAUUAGGCUGGAAGAUCGUAGUGGGUGCAAUAAUUGGAUUCUUUGGGGCGGCAUUUGGGAGCGUGGGAGGAGUUGGAGGGGGUGGAAUUUUUGUUCCGAUGCUUACGCUGAUUAUUGGGUUUGAUCAGAAAUCAUCGACGGCUCUAUCAAAAUUUAUGAUCAUGGGUGGAGCAGCAGCGACUGUUUUCUACAAUCUAAGGCAAAGGCAUCCUACUCUUGAGCUGCCCAUCAUUGACUAUGACCUAGCACUUCUAUUUCAACCAAUGUUGGUACUUGGGAUCAGUAUUGGAGUUUCUUUCAAUGUGAUUUUUGCUGACUGGAUGAUCACAAUCUUGUUAAUUAUUGUCUUCAUGGUUAUGUCAACUAAGGCAUUCCUCAAAGGUGUUGAAACAUGGAAAAAGGAAACCAUAACUAAAAAGGAGGCUGCACUACGCUUGCAAUCAAAUGGUGUUAGUAAUGAUCAAGCGGUCGAAGUCAAACCAUUACCCGAAGGGCCAAGUACUGGUGGCACUCGUACAGAAGAAACAAAGGACUCUAAAAGACCAGAGGUCUCUAUUCUUGAGAAUAUUUACUGGAAAGAACUAGGAAUUCUUGUCGCCGUUUGGGUCAUAAUCCUUGCAUUGCAGAUUGCCAAGAAUUACACAAAAACUUGUUCAGCGUUAUAUUGGGUAUUAAACCUUUUACAGAUUCCCGUGGCAGCUGGAGUGUCUUUAUAUGAGGCUGUAAGCUUGUACAAAGGGCGGAGGGUGAUUGCAUCCAUGGGAGGAGCAGACAAAAAAUGGAAGGUGCACCAGCUGGUUCUUUAUUGUGCAGGUGGGAUUGUGGCUGGCAUUGUUGGUGGGUUGCUUGGUCUUGGUGGAGGAUUCAUUCUCGGUCCACUUUUUCUGGAGAUGGGAAUCCCUCCUCAGGUGUCUAGUGCCACGGCCACAUUCGCCAUGACAUUUUCCUCAUCCAUGUCUGUCGUAGAAUACUAUCUUCUAAAACGCUUUCCAGUUCCUUAUGCUCUCUACUUUUGUGCCGUGGCGAUCAUUGCCGCUUUUGUUGGACAACAUGUGGUAACGAAGGUGAUCGCCAUUUUAGGGAGAGCGUCGUUGAUCAUCUUCGUUCUUGCGGGCACUAUUUUUGUGAGUGCAAUAUCACUGGGUGGGGUUGGCGUAGUACACAUGGUUGAAAAGAUCGAACACAAGGAACGGUUGGGAUUUGAAAGUCUGUGUACAUAUUAAACUAUAUAUAUAUGUAUUUUUGAAGUCUUCAAUUAGGAUUUUUCAUUAAUGGCUAGCUGCAUGAUAGUUCUUCAAUUAGGAGUACGUAAAUGCUUUUGCAUGGGAUUAUAAAAAUAAUAAAUAAAUUAAGGCUGCAUGGGUGUUUAAUUUAUUACUGACGUACGUGGCAGUGCCGGCCAUGUUUGGCA